GAGGGGCGCGCAGGGCGCGCGCGGCGGCCGCUGCGGCCUGUUGGCGCGGUCGCCGGCAGCCUCGAGCGAGUCGCGCUAGGAGCCGUGGCGCCUGUGACUGGCGGGGAGCGCGUGUCCCGAUCAAUUCCCUAGUGGCCCGCGACCAUGUCCCUGGGGCAGCGGCUGGCGCUGCUGGCUGUCCGGCUGCAGGAGCCGCAGCGGGUGGCGAGCUUCCAGCGACUGUGUGGGGUGGAGGCGCCGCUCCGCAGCCCCGCGGAGGGCGAGGAUGGGGAGAGCGAGGUUCGCGGGGCCGCGGGGAACCCUCGGCGACGGGGACAGCAGCCGGGCGCGGAGCGCAGCCCCGGCCCCGCCAAGCCCGACUGCCGUGGCGCCCCCAACGGCGUACGCAACGGGCUGCCUGCCGAGCCGGGCCCAGCCGGGCCCCGCCGCGCGGGCUCGCUGCGCCGCAACUCGCUGACGGGUGAGGAGGGCGAGCUGACGAGGGUGAGCAACUGGCCGCUCUACUACCUCUUCUGCUUCGGCACCGAGCUGGGCAACGAGCUCUUCUACAUCUUCUUCUUCCCCUUCUGGAUCUGGAACCUCGAUCCCUUUGUGGGCCGGAGGCUGGUGAUCAUCUGGGUGCUGGUCAUGUACCUGGGCCAGUGCACCAAGGACAUCAUCCGCUGGCCGCGGCCGGCCUCGCCGCCCGUCGUCAAGCUGGAGAUCUUCUACAACUCAGAAUACAGCAUGCCCUCCACGCAUGCCAUGUCCGGCACCGCCAUCCCCAUCGCCAUGGUCCUGCUCACCUACGGCCGCUGGCAGUACCCUCUUCUGUACGGGCUGAUUCUCAUUCCCUGCUGGAGUUCUCUGGUUUGCCUGAGUAGAGUCUACAUGGGAAUGCACUCCAUCCUGGACGUGAUUGCUGGGUUCCUCUAUACCAUUUUAAUCCUGGUUGUCUUCUACCCACUUGUGGACCUGAUUGACAACUUCAACCAAACUCACAGAUAUGCCCCGCUCAUCAUCAUCGGGCUUCACUUAGCUCUGGGCAUCUUUUCCUUCACUCUUGACACCUGGAGCACAUCCCGAGGAGACACGGCUGAGAUUCUGGGCAGUGGUGCUGGAAUUGCGUGUGGCUCUCAUGCUGCGUAUAACCUGGGUCUGUUAUUAGACCCUUCUCCACACAAAUUACCCUUAGCCAGCCCCCCCUUUACCGCCACUCUGCUUGGAAAAGCCAUAUUACGGGUCGCCAUAGGAAUGAUCCUUGUCCUGAUGGUAAGGGACAUAAUGAAGAAGAUCACCAUUCCUUUAGCCUGUAAACUCUUCAGUAUUCCGUGUGAUGAUGUCCGCCAAGCGAGGCAGCACAUGGAAGUGGAGCUACCGUAUCGGUAUAUCACCUAUGGGAUGGUUGGGUUCUCCAUCACGUGUUUGGUUCCUUGCGUAUUUUCCUUCAUAGGUCUCUCGUGAUGGAGAAGUGUUGUUUAUUAUAAGAAAGGAGGCUACCAGUUAUAUCUAAAACUAUGCUCCAGGUAAAACUCGGGUCAGAGGCAUUUGCAAGAAUUUAACUUAAACAAGUAAAUUCUGCAGCCGGUGCAUUUUACCUUUGCACAUCCAGACGUUUUGGGUGGCCUGAGCUCUUUCAGCACUGAGAAGUGAUACGGCCAUUUAGAAUGUUCACAAAAUGUUUGGAGAGUUCUGUGCUGUUACAAAUUGUAGUUAUAUAUAAUAUAUAUUAAGGUAUGCAGUGUGCACAUGUGUAUCUAGUAUGUAUUAUAUAUAUAUAUAAUUAUUUACCUAAGAACUGUGGGGUGUGUUGAAAAAUCAUUAACAGUAUGCAGUGGUGCCUGCAUUUUGGGGAUUAAUGCAGGCACGUUGUUAUUAACAAAUGGGUUUACCGUUUAUUUCCUAUGGGAGCCAUUUCCUAGUUGAAUUGAUAACUACCAGACAGAAUCCAUAUGCUACCACAUCCUGAUUUACCGCCUCUUUUACACUGCCAUCCCCUUCCAUGUUAUCCAUGAUGUUGAACAUGGGAGGCAUUUUUAAUGGACCAAGUUUUGGGGAAAAUUUGUUUUUUGGAUUUCUUUCUUUCUUUUUUUAAAGUUCUGUACACUGUGUUGAAUGUACUUUUUUUUUUUUUCCCUCAACUGUUUUGGUCGUCAGUUUAAGAAUUCAGGUACUGGAUUUUAUUGCUUGCUAACUGUGCCUUUCCUUUGCUGAAUUCAGAGACACCAUGUAUACUGUGAUGUAAAAGUAAGACUCUAAUUCUAUCUUAAGCUACAUAAUCAGGCAAAUAUUUUAAAAAUAUGUAUCAAACUAACACAUAGAAGUAAACGACCCAUAACUCUUCAGUGUUUUUUUAAGAAGAAAUGUGGAAUAGCUAAAUUUUCUCACUAAUUUAUUGGAAAGUUAAAUGGAUACGUAUUUCCACUUUUGUAGGUAUUUUUCUGCGUGUUGCAAGUUAUAGGAACAAUAUAUAUCUUGAUUGUUUAUAAUACAGGUAAAUAUUUCCUGUGAGUGGAAAUGCAACUGAAAUUUAUAGAUGAGAAAAUGUACACCGUUUCUAUGUAAAGAAGCCAUUUUUUAAAUUAUUUGGCAAGGAUUGGGUUUCCCGCUGUUAACUUUGAAUUACCCUCUCUUUAGCAACCCACAGUAGAUGAUAAAAAUCCAAAUGUGAAAUAUCCGUAGUUUAGAUUCUAUUAUUUUCCCAACUUAUUAUUUUUACAGUGGAAAACUUUAGUGUAAUAGUAAACUAUUUUUUUUCUGUCUGCCUUUAUAUUUUGAAGUGUGAUUGUAAUUAGGUUAACAUUACAUUUAUUUAUAGUGAGCUUUUCAUAAAGAAGAGAAUUAACUUUCCAUAUAAAUGAGCAUCAGGUAUGGAGUUAAUGACUUUAGUGCAAUAUCUCUGAUUAUUCAGAAGGAAAAUGUUUCUAUUUUGGACAACAUACGUAUUUGAGCUCAUAUUUUUAUAAUCCUGAUGGAAAAUUUAGGGGCUUGGUAAUUUUUACCCAAACGGAAUCUGAUCAACAUAAGCAAACCAGUUUGGGGCCCUGGGCUCCCGGGAGCAGAAAGUGGGUGCUUAGAAAGCCAUCGGUACGCUGGAAGCCUGGAAGCCGGCAGAAGCCCAGCUUUCUAGAAGGGUGUACUUAGCGCAUUGAAUUGUAAGGAGGGUCCCAUGCUUUGGGUCUGUUAUCCUAUUAAUUUUUUUGUGUAGCUUAAAGAGAAUUUGAAAAUAAUCUAUUUCUUUGUGUUAUAUUAUUUUUUGUUUGAU